GGCAACUUCAUAGGUAGUUAACGUUGUGAAAAAUUUUUACUUCCCUAGGCUAUUUAAAUAAAUAUCAUUUGUCCCUGUUUCAAUAAAAGAUAUCAAUGUAUCUUCAAAUAUUAAUAGUGGUGUAAAUACUAAUAGUAAAUAAAACAUGAGUAAACGUUUGCUCCAAAGAGGCAGAUAUCCUAAAGGGACAGGUGUUGAAAAUGUGACUACUACUAACUCUCAAUUUCCUCCUGCUACUUCGGGGUUUCCUCCACCUGCUGCUGAAGUUCCAUUUUAUGGACCACCUCUACCAAGCCAGCCUCCUCAAAAUGCCUGGAAUACCCCUCUGUAUUCAGUACCUAACACUUACCAUCAAAACCAAAUACCUAACCAAUCUGUUCCUGAAUCAAGUAAUCAUUGGUCUCCUGGACAGAUGUAUUCUAUGCCUGCACAGCCCUCAACAACAAGUCAGUGGAAUUGGAAACCUGAAAGUACUGAACCAACACCCUAUCCAAAUUAUCAAGCUCCUCCUCAACCAAUUGAAGACUGGCCACAGAUCCCUUGCUCAGUGAUUGAUAAUCAGAACUAUUCUCAGCAGCAGCCUAUGAAUUAUCCUCAAGCACAGCCAGGAUAUCCAUCUGAUUUCCAAACAGCAAAUAAUAAUUCCAAUUCCAUACCCCAAAAUCCUCCUUUACAAGCCUGGGAAAAUGGUGGCAUGAGCAUGACACAAGCAGAGCAGCUGCCUUGGACAUACAGCACUCCUCAGUACACCAAUUCCCCUCAGCCCGAUUUUCCGCAAAAUUUCAAUCCUGUCUCUACCACCAAUCCACCAAGUUGGAAUUAUAAUCCUGAACAAGUUGUUCAACCAGAAGUUAAUGUCCAUGGUGGACCCGUCAACUACUUACCCAAUUCUAGUCCCACCCAGGACAUCAAUAAACAACUAGGAGAUCUGAAUCUGAUAGAGCAAAAUACUUCAACGGACCAAAAUGAGAAAAUCAGCUCUGUUAGCUUAUCUGCAGUUUCUAGCACUAUUCCCAAUGAUAACACCAGCGGCAAUGUAGAAUCCGCAAGCGAUGCGGAGUAUGGUACUAGUACACUUUCUGCCUUUUUUCAAAAUAAUGACCCAGAAAAUUCUGCAAACAAUUCAGAGUGUGAUGGACCAUUGAUGUCUGAAAAUGAAAAUGUGGUAGACUCGAAACAUGUGGAGGAAGUUGAGGAGCAUCAUCUGGUAACCGAGAGUGAUCAAGUUUCUGUGCACAGCGAAGUAGCCGAACCUGAUGAAGAAAUAGAUGAUGAAAACCAGGGAAAUGAUUUCAUUCAAGAGGAGGAUCUUGAUGUUCCGAGUGAGGACUUGGCGUCAAAAUCUAACUCCAUAUCACCUUCUGGAUUUGUGGAAGAACCUAUUAACCAAGAAGUCCCAGAACCUCAUGUAGAUGAAUCUGUUAAUGUUAAAGUUAAUACUCACCAAGUUCAACAAUCAUUGGAAGAACAGGAUAAUUUAGAAGUUUCACCAGAGGAGCCUUUGAACCAGCAAAUUCCACCAGAAACUGGACAGAAAUCUCGUUCAACCUCUUCCGAACGUGAAAGAAUUGUCAUUCGUCCUCGUGAAGAUAGUCCAUUUAAACCUCCUAGGAUAAAUAGCAAUUCAAAAGGCACUGUGGUGCAGCAAGAAGUAACUGUACAAAAUAUACCUGAAACAAAAACACCCGAACCCGAAAAAAAGACUGUCGCUCAGGUAGUCAAUUUAGAAACUUUUCCGGAUAAUCUAGAAAGACCGCCUGAUUAUGAGGAGCUUCGAAAGCAAUCUCCUUUAUACGUUUCACAUCAAAAGCAUUUAAGAAAAGAACUAAACAGUUCUCCCAGUUCCUUGUUAUGUGAUAACCCCGACAUACCUUGUGUUACCUUCGCUCCCGCUGCUCCUCCCAUACAUUCCUCGGCCAAGUCAGAUAAAUCAGAAUCGUCCUGUGAUUCUAAGCAAGAAACACACUCUCUUGAUAAUCCUGCCAGUUUGUCUGCCUUCAUGAAUGGGUCUAAAAUAAAAUCUUCAUCUCCUUUUAAUGAAGAGGAACAUUAUGAAAAACUGAAGACUGUUAGUCAAUCAGCAUCAAGUGCUCCACUACAAAAUGUGGCAAAACAACCUAAAAAUUCAGAUAAAAAGAACAAAAAUAACUUUCCUACCAAUUCCAAGCAGGAAAACUUGCAUCACCAACAAAACAAUCCAAGUCAACCAGUUGGGCAGGGACCUCUGAAAGACUCCAAAGUUAAUGGUUCACAUGUUCCUAACAGACCGCCUGAACUUCUCAGAAGACAGCCAGAACACCCCGAAACACCCAGUAGCUCUUAUUCUGGUAGUUCUAGACAAGACAUAGAUAUUGUUAGGGCACAAGGUGAUCCAAGAGGAAAUCCUGGCGGCAUGGAUGCCAGGCAGAGGUUUGCCGACUACAAAUACCCUAGUUAUGAUGAACGUCAUUAUUACUCGGACAGGGAAAGAUCUAGACCGGCUAGCCGUUCAUCUCUGGGUGAGAGGCCUGAAGAUUACAUGUAUCAGGGUAAAAGAGAAGAUUAUAUGUACCCUCCUGGUGGGGAAAGGCAUCGAGGUCCUCCAGAGUAUCCACGACCAUCAUCCAGAACUAGUGAAUCAGAUAUGAAUCGUCAUGAUAGAUCUCAAUACGAUUAUUAUCAACGCCAGCAGUAUCCUUAUGGUGAUCCUUAUCAACGACAGCCUGAUUAUUAUCCAAGACCUCAAAAUUAUAGAGGUUAUAAUUAUGAUCCUUAUCAGCGUGACCCUUACUAUGCUCAAUAUUAUGAUGCAUAUCGAUAUGCAUACAGCAAUUAUAAUUAUGGAUUUUAUGAUGAGAUGAUCAGAAAUGAUCCUAGGUAUAAACAAUAUCAAGAACAAUACCGACAGUAUUAUGCAAAAUAUGGGUAUGAUGCAGAUUACGAGAGAUCCAGUUUACAGUCUGGACGCAGCUCAGCAAAUGAAUUAGUUAAAGAUGUUACUCCUAGUCAGUACGUAGAACCUGAUCUUGAUUCAAAUGAAUCUGAAUUUUCAACUUAUAAUUUGCGUCAGGAUUAUUCAUAUUCUUCAGUUCCUAACGAAUCUUCAAUUUUAGCUAUUGAUCAAUCUUCAACAUCAUCAGCUCGCCUAACUCCAGUAAAAUUUUCUUAUGCACAUCCUAUUGCUCAUUUCACGCCUAACGGACUAUUGUUAACUGCUAUUCCAAGCCAAGCUACACUUGCUGCUCCUUCUGCAAUUAGAAUUCAAAAUUUGCAGAUGUUUAUGGAAGAAGAAGAAUCAUAUCAAGAAUUGAAAAAUUAUCAAGGCCCCUUAAUUAGAGGUUCAACUCAUAAGAAUGAUGUUAUUGAGUUUUGUUCCCAAAAAAUCAAGUCUCUCAAGUCAAAGGAUGUAGUUGAUAGAGACUCUCAUAUUUUGCUGUGGGAACUGAUGGUACUUUUAUUAAGGCAAAAUGGAUCAGUAGCUGGUAGUGAUAUUGCUGAACUUUUGCUGAAAGACCAUGAAGUGCUGCGCCCUAUUUCUGUUCCAUUGAAGCAAGCUAUUGAAACUCCCCAGGGAGAUAACUCUCCUGCAGACGUCAACGAUUCUUCUAGUCAGUCACAUGCCGGUGAUGCGUCUUCUCCCGAUGAAGGAAUAGUGGUUCUUCAUGAUAAAAAUAUCCUUAAUACUUCGCGAAGUGUUGAUGUCGACAAAAUAACUCGCAAGUUCCGUGAAUUCCUCUUGUAUGGCCACAAAAAGGAUGCUUUGGAAUGGGCGAUGAAACAUGGUUUGUGGGGACACGCCUUGUUUUUAGCUUCUAAAAUGGAUCUUAGAACUUAUGCGAGCGUCAUGACAAGAUUUGCAAACUCUCUUGCUCUGAAUGAUCCACUUCAAACAUUGUAUCAGUUAAUGUCUGGAAGGCAACCUUCUGCUGUCACAUUUGUUGCUGAUAAGAAAUGGGGUGACUGGAGGCCUCAUUUAGCUAUGAUUUUGUCAAAUCCUUCGAGUCAUCCUGAUGUUGAUUCACGAAGCAUAACUACACUCGGAGAUACCUUAGCAAGCCGAGGAUGUCUUCCAGCAGCGCAUUUUUGUUAUAUUAUGGCUCAAGUAGAGUUUGGAACAUUUGAGCAGAAAAGUAGCAAAUUAGUUCUCCUUAGUUCUGAUCACAGGUUGCCAUUUGAAGAGUUUGCAACGAAUGAAGCUAUUCAGUUCACUGAAAUUUACGAGUAUGCACAGUCAUUAGCAAACCCAGGUUACAUGCUAUCACACUUGCAGAUGUACAAAUUUCUCUAUGCUUUGAGACUGAUUGAACAUGGACUUUUGGAAGAGGGUCUUCAUUAUUUAGAAGUUAUUUCUGAAAAUUUCCAUGCUCAUCCAAGCUUAUUUCCAUUGGAUUUCAUCACUGAAGUUUUAAAAUUGGGAACGCAACUGAAAUACCAUGACCCUUAUUUUAUGAGAGGACAGGGUGAAUUAGAAGAUCAGGAAGACCCAGAAUGGCUGAGAAAUCUUACUGUUUUAGUGCAAAAUUACAAUAAUAUUAUACAAGGACUGGAUUUUCAACAGUCGGAGCUACAGCAAAAUGAAUCUUCUCAGUCCUACAGUAAUGAGCAGUUGCAGUCACAAACGCCUGUGGAUAAUGUAUCCUACCAAAAUGUUUCUGGACAAAGUGUGCAGAAUGAAAUGUCUGGUUCUGUAAAUCAUAUAAAUUAUUAUCAGCAAAAUAGUUGGAAUCAGCAGCCCCCCAGUGCAAUGCAGACCAAUGGAAACUGCCCUCCAAAUCAGCAAGAAACUAUGAAUUAUUACCAAAAUGAAAUGGGUUUCCAUGGUGGUCAGAGCAAUUUUCAGAUGGAAAGCAGCAUACCGAGCCAUGAAGAGAACGAGACCACCGAUGUACCGUCCUCUCCUGUCACUCAAACCCCACCAUUUGAUUAUUACUCCGGUGGUACACAACAGGCCCAAGACAGCAGACAAUCAAGUUUUGACUAUGGUAGCAAUUAUGGGAGCAACACAACUAGACGAGAAAGGCGGGACAGUGCAAUGAGUUCGGCAAGCAGAUACAGUGCUGGCAGCUUAUCUGUUGCUAAUAAAAGUGUGCCAAAGGAAGUGAAAAAAGCAGAAGUAAAGAAAGAAAGCAAACAGAAUGCGCAGGUUGGAAAGACAUGGCUUGGUGGCAUUUUCAGCAGGUUACUGCCAAAAGGCCCUAAUCAAAUGAUUUUGCCUGAUGAUAAAAAUCCUACCAUUGUCUGGGACGACACUAGAAACUGUUGGGUGAAUAAAGAUAGCAAUGAUGAUGAUGAAACAAGUGCACCUUUGGCUCCUCCUACUGACAUGGAAUUAAUGGGAUCAAAGUCUUCCGAUAAACCUAUGAUGCCUCAGGGUAGUUCAAUGCUUCCAGGUAAUUCAGUGCCUCCAGGUAACUCGAUGCAUUCGACCAACUCGAUGCCUCCUGGUAACCCAAUGCAUUCUGCUAACUCUAUGCCUCCCGGUAAUUCAAUGCCUUCAGUUAGUACCUCUACUGUAAAUAAAUUUCAAAGACCUAAAACAAGAAUUAUGCGACAGAACUACGUUGAUGUUUUAAAUACCAGCGGUUCAACUACAAAAUCAAAUGUCCCUCCUGAAGCUCUUUUCCCAUCUCCCUUUGAAAAUACCGGAACUCCAAAAAUGUUUAUACCAAAUGCAGCACCCGUUAAUGAGGAAAGUGCAUCGGAAUUUGAAUCUGGUCAAGGAUCUAUUAGUACAUCCCAUCAAGAACCACAGGAACCAACUCAAGCUCCCCCUAUCAGCUCCUUUAAUGUUAGAUCCUGCUGAAUACGAUGCUAGGAGAUCGGAUGUGGGUACCAAUCACAGAGUCACGCUAGGAAGAACUGGGCGCCGGAAGUACCCCAGCUGAAAUCCUUCGGGUUGAACUUUUAGAAAUAUUGAACUGUCAGAGAGCAAGAAAUGUUCUGCAUCUGAGAAAAUUGUGAUAGAGUAUAACAUAAUAGAGAUUUUGUGAUUAUAUUAAAAAUUAUUUUUAAUAAUGAAACAAAUCUAUAUAUAUAUAUAUAUUGUAUUAAGGAAUUUUAGGUUAGUUAAGGAGUUCGCUACAUUCUGUACUGCCAUCAUAUGAAGCCUAGUUAUUUCCAAUUAUUUUCGGGUAUUUUAUUGGAAAGUACUACUAAUUCACUAAACAACAAAAUAUUAGUUUCGCUUUAACUCUUUGAGGCUUGAUUAAAGCCUAGUCUUUUUUUUAAACUGCCAGUUGGCUGAAAGAAAAUAAGAGGCUAGGUGGCUUCAAAUGCAGCCACUAUGCCUCAAAGGGUUUAAGGGGCAUUUUUAUUUGUUUGUGAUGUAAUUUUAUUGUUGAUUUUAAAGAAGUUAACUAAAAGAUUUAAAAGUCUCUUGUCAUGGAUGCCGUUGCCUGCUUUAAAUCCGACAACAUUCAUUUUCUUCAGGGCCGUAUGCAAGGGAGGGAAGGGGGUUUUGUCAACCCCCCCCCCAAAAAAAAAAUGUUCGGUUUGACAUUUAAAUAUUUAUUUAUAUUUAAAAAUUUCCAUGUCUUUCAUAUGUAUAUUAAUUGCAUAAAACGCUUUCAUAAUAGAUAACCCGAUGACUUGAACAUUACCACAAAUAGCGCAAAGCUCCCGCAUGAAAGUUUUUACCCCCCCUCCCCCCAAAUUAUUUUCUGGUUACGGCCCUGAUUUUCUUAGUUGUAAUUAUUUGUCAAAUUAAAUUGCAUAAUUUCUUCAUGAGUCAAACCUAAUUUUAUUUUUGUUUUCAUACACUUUUGAUCAGUUUUUUAUUAUUUAAAAAUAAAAAAGAUUAAAUUUUUAGGGAUAAAUAAUAUAAAAGAUUUGGCAUUUUACUAACUCAAAUCAUAAAAAACAAAGUUGUUUGGAUAGAUUUCUUUUCAAAAUAUAUUCACUGUGCUCAUUGAAGAUUAUUUAUGAGAUGCAAAUGUGACAAAGAAUUACACUAAACAUCUUAUCCUUUUGCUAAACUUUUGAAAUGCAGUGGUAGGAUUUUAAAAUAGUUUUAUUUUUAAGAAUUUAAAAUUAUCUUCAAAAUGCUAACCAUACUUCUAGUUCUUUUUUCAACUUUUCGGGGGAAUUUUGGUCGACGAGAGACUUGAUAAAAAGUUUUUUUUUUUUUUAAUGUUAAGUUUUAGCAUUUGUUUUAUAUUAAUCUUUUAAAAAUGAAUUUAAAAAACUUUUUACCUCAUAUAUUGAACAUGAACUCCUUAACUUUGUUUACAUCUUUGUAAAUCAGGUAAUAUAUUGAGAUUUUAAAACUUUUUCUUUGGAUUGUUCUUCAUUCAGUUAUUAGGCAUGAUUGUAUUAUUAACAUUAAAUGCGAUUUUUUUUUUUAAAUCAGUUCAAGAAUCUUGUUUCAAGGAAAGUCACAUUUUCAAAAGAAAAAAAAAAUCCGUGUACAUGCCUUGUAUAGUUUAGAUAUGAUGUUAAAUGUUGCAUUCCUAAAUUUGCAUGUACAUUAGAAAUUUCAUGUACAAAAUAUGUAAAAAUUAUUUAGAGUCUUGAAUGUUUUAGGACUUAUUUGUACAGUUGGUGAAAGGAGAGAAAGAAUAUUAA